CACACAGCUACAUUCACCCACAGACCGAGGUACAGACGAGAGACAACCUCUGGCCCCCCAGCAGCUGGCCAGCUUGGCAGCCCCAGUCUCGAGCCCCUAACUACUCUCCCCCGCCCCCAUCCCCUUCCCAAUUGAAGGAGCGGAAAGAGAAGAGAGAAGAGUGAGCAGAGAGAUUGAGAGAUUGAGAGAGAGAGAGAUAGACGGAGAUCUCUGGAGCAGACCUCAAGGUGACUUCCAUUUCUAUCUGGUUCACGUCUGGGGGGGCCCUGGCCGGGCAGCCCCCCCACAUUUCUCCUGCCCCGAAACACGGCUCUAGCCAACCUGCUUCGCUGCUUCACCUGCGACCGACUGUGUGGGGGCUGCACGGCGCCAGCCCCUCCAGCCCGCCAGGGCAUCGUCCUCCAGCCCGUCAUGCCCAGCUGCGACCCGGGCCCGGGCCCUGCCUGCCUCCCCGCCAAGACGUUCCGCAGCUACCUGCCUCGUUGCCACCGCACCUACAGCUGCGUCCACUGCCGUGCGCACCUGGCCAAACACGAUGAGCUUAUUUCCAAGUCUUUCCAAGGGAGCCAUGGCCGAGCCUACCUGUUUAACUCCGUGGUCAACGUGGGCUGUGGACCAGCCGAACAGCGCCUCCUGCUCACGGGGCUCCACUCGGUAGCUGAUAUUUUCUGCGAGAGCUGCAAAACCACGCUGGGCUGGAAAUACGAGCAGGCUUUUGAGACGAGCCAGAAGUACAAGGAGGGGAAGUACAUCAUUGAAAUGUCACACAUGGUGAAGGACAACGGCUGGGACUGAGGGGCUCAGGCAGGCUGUGCCCUUCCUCCGCAUGCCCACCCUCCCCGCACCCGUCCCCGGGCCCUGCCAAGCAGUCCAUACCAGCAUGAGUACUGCCCCACCCCUGGGGGGAACCCAGCUCCCGGCACCCCUCCCCCGCCUCCACCUCAUCACCCCCAGGCCCCUUUGGAACAGGGGUCUGGGGUACCCCAGGGGUGUUCAAGGCUCAGGAGUGGGCAGCAGUCAGGGAGAGCCAGAACUGGGGAAAGGGGAUGGUUGCGGGUUCUUCUAGCCCUAAGAUCCUGAAAAUGGAGGUGAGGGCAGGGCGGAGAUCAGGCAGAGGACCAAGGGAGGACCCGUUUCUGCCCCAAACUCUUUUUGAGUGAACGGAGGACAAGUUUUGAGGCAUGGGGCUGGUAGAUCCCAGCCCACAGAAUAGCAGGUGAGAAGGGGCUCGAGUUGGGAGUGAAAUCUUGGCUUCAGACACUGCGACACACCGGAGUCUGAGGGUGAAGUUUCCCACCCCUGUUUGUAGGAGAAAGCAUUCGGGGGUGGAAGGAAAGAAAUCCCAGAUCCCAGGCCCUGGGAAAUGAAAGAAUCACAGGGGUUUCCAUUUUACUCCACUUGUUAGUUUAUCUUGGCACUAAAGAGGCACUUUCGAGUACGUGACUUUCGCCAGGGGGUGGGGUGGGAGAAGCUGCCGCUGGAACAGCCCCCACCCCCCACUGGCUGUUUCCAGAGCGAGCAGUCCGUACGGGCAUUCUGAGGCCCAGCCACUGCUCCCUGGGACCCAGUCCCUUGGAGGGGAGGUGGGACAUCAGUGCCACGGGGCCAGGCUUCCUCGUGGCUGCCACCAGCGAACGAAACUUUUGUAUGAUACAUAAAGUGUUUGGGUCUAUUUUUAAUAAAAAGGGGAAAAGCAACCGUGAGGCACUCUCUCCUCUUGACUUUGCUUCCCAUGCACAGACCUUAACACUAUUCUGUCACACUCCCCCCCAGUACCUGUCCCUUUAGGCCACUAGAGGGCAGCAAUUGCUUUGUCUGUGUCGAGACCCCACUUGAGCCCUCACCAGGGGGAUGGGUCUUCAGGUGAGGUUUGCUUAGUGAAGCGAGGGCUUUUGUGAGCAGUGUUUCCAAAGGGGGCAACCAAAACAGCGCCUCUUCCAGAGCCCUUGACAAUGAAUUAGGUAUUGCCAGGAUCCAGGAUUGGGCACCUGGAAGAGGCUCACCCCUGAACAAGGGUGUUCUUGGGUCCUAUUGCCUUUCAGCCUGGACUUGGAAUGUUUGGGUCAGCUCAUGGCCACACUCGAGGCUGAAAGGAAAAUCGAUCAAGCAAGGCAGCUUGAUCCAAAGUGGAACUGAACAGCUCAAGAUGGCAGCCAUCAGUGCAACCAUGUGACCCACGUGCAUUUUCGGGGCAGUGAUGUGAAAUUCCCACUGUUGUUGGGUCACUGACAACCGCAGGGAGGACUGUACACAUCAUAAAAAUCACCUUUUGU